UGUGAAAUCGUCAGUCUCCCGGUCUCGCUGCAGCAGAAAUGGCAGAAGCAAAUAUUCUGGUAGCAGAGCAGCAGUUGUUGUGUGCAGUGUGUCUGGAGAUAUUGAAGGACCCAGUCGCUAUUCCAUGUGGACACAGUUACUGUAUGGGGUGUAUUAAGAACUGCUGGGAUCAGACUGAUCAUACAGGUGUCUACAGCUGCCCCGAGUGCAGAGAGACCUUUACCCCAAGGCCUGUUCUGGGCAGAAACACCAUGCUGGCUGAAAUUGCUGGAGAAUUCAAGAAGAGAAAGCUCAAUCCUCCUCCUGCUCAAAGUUAUGCUGGACCUGGAGAUGUGCUGUGUGAUUUCUGCACUGGGAGAAAGUUCAAAGCUGUGAAAUCCUGUUUGACAUGCCUGGUAUCUUACUGUGAAACACACGUCAAGCCACACUAUGAGGGGGCUGUUUUCAAGAGGCACAAGCUGAUCAAUGCAAUUGGAAAUCUGGAGCAGAAGCUUUGUGCUGAACACCAGAAGGUUUUGGAGGUCUUCUGUAGAACCGAUCAGACUUGUAUUUGCAUGAUGUGUACACAAGAUGAACACAAGAGCCAUGAUACAGUCUCAGCUAAGAAAGAAAGGCAUGUGAAACAGAAGCAGCUGAGAGAGACACAGACAGAAAUACAACAGAUAAUCCAGGAGAGACUGAAAGAAAUUGAGGAGCUGAAACAGGCUGUGGAGUCACUGAAAAGAUCUGCAAAGAGAGAAAUGGAGGAAAGUAAGAAGACAUUUACUGAGCUGAUCCAAUCAAUUGAAAAGAUCCACACUGAGGUUAUUGAGCUGAUUGGAGCUAAAGAGAAGGCUGCAGUGAAUCAGGCUGAAGGACUCAUGAAGAAACUGGAGCAAGAGAUUGCUGAGCUAAUAAAUAGAAAUGCUGAGCUGAGACAGCUUACAGAGGCAGAGGAUCACAUCCAUUUUCUACAGAAAUUCCAGUCUCUCUGUGCCCCUCCUAAAGCUGGAGACUUACCCAGCGUUACUGUCAAUACAGACAUCUCUUUUGGGGCUGUGAGGAAAGCUGUAUCUGAACUUAAAGACCAUAUUGAGGACUUCUGCAAGGGGGAGUUAGUCAAAAUAACCAAAAGAGUGAAUGAAACAGCAGUUUAUACCCUGAGGUCUAGGAGCAGUGGCAGAUGUUUAAAUGUGAAUGAAGUUGCAGUUUACAGUCUGCAGGCUCCAGAGCCAAGGAACAGAGCUGACUUUUUAAAAUAUUCCUGUCAGCUCACACUGGACCCCAACACAGUGCAUAGAAACCUCUGUCUGUCUGAAGGGAACAGAAAGGUGACACUGAGAGAGACCCAGCAAAAUCCUGAUCAUCCAGAGAGAUUUGACAGUUGGCCCCAAGUGCUUUGCAGAGAGGGUUUGUCAGGGACUCGCUGUUACUGGGAGAUUGAGUGCAGUGGGGAAUUGGCUUCUAUAGGGGUGACAUAUAAAGGAAUCAGCAGGAAAGGAGAGUAUUAUUCCUGUGGUCUUGGAUUCAAUGACAAGUCCUGGAGUUUGUUCUGCUCUGGUUCCAGUUACACUGCCCUGCACAAUAUCCAAGGAACUGCAAUAACUGCCCCCCGCUCCCCCAGAAUAGGAGUGUAUCUGGACUUUAAUGCCGGCACUCUAUCAUUUUAUGGAGUCUCUGACACAAUGACCCUCCUACACAGAUUCCAAACCACAUUCACUGAGCCGCUCUAUCCUGGGGUUUGGCUUCAUUAUUAUGAUUCCCCUGUAACAAUCUGCCUGCUGAACUAGACUGUUCUGUGUUUUUAGAAAACCUCUGUAUUGAACUCCCUGUCUGUCCUCUCCACUCCUCGGGUGAAGGGAAUGUUCAAUCUGACAUUGUCCAUGUGGAUUCAUUGUGUAUUAUCAAGCAGUCAAUCUGGAAGAUCAAUACACUGUGUUGUUAUCUCCGCAAUCACCAUUUCGGUAUCUCUUUUCAUUCUUUCUUUCUUUCUUUCUUUCUCUUUCUUUCUUUCUUUCUUUCUUUCUUUCUUUCUUUCUUUCAAGCAUGGAGGCAGACAGGGUCUGCAAUGUGUUGAAAUUGUUCUGAAGGUCCAUUCCUCAAUGCCUAUCAGCCUAUACUUGUAUGAACACAUUGGGAAAUGUAUAAAACUACCUACAACAACAGUCUUUUGUACUGCAAUAAAGAAAGGGUUCAUGUAUGUUUCAAAAGGGAGUGGAACAAAACCAGAGGGGGUGCAAGUUUUGUCUGCUUAAGCAGAACAUCCUGUUAUUAGUACAUGUUGUGGUACAUAGAUACGUUUAGCAAGAACUUCGUUGAUAUAAUGUAAAGAAUGCUUUUGAGGAAAUGAAGCUUGGUUAUUCAGGCUUUGCAAAGGAUUAGAUACAGGGCAGGUUAUAAUUGUGUGUUAAGGAAACAGGAGAAAGGGUAUAACUGCCAAUUAGCUUAGGGCUUUCAUAAGUUAGUCUAAAAUUGGUUGUUAGCUGGUAUAUCAGGAGAAAGUACAUGAGUAUCUGGGAACUACUUGGGGAUUCCGAUCCAGAGGACAAGACUUCCAGCCCAGCCUUGCAAAAGAGUUCCUUCAGAUGAGAAGUAAACGAAACAAGGUCCUAUUGGAAGUGACUCUGCAGCAGCAGUUGUGAUGCACAGUUCACCCCCUAGUCUCUGCAAGUCGCUUUGGAUAAAAGUGGCUGCUAAAUGACCUAAUAUUAAUAAUAAUAAUAAUAAUAAUAAUAAUAAUAAUAAUAAUUACAAAAUUACACAUUUAGCUUAUCUGCAAUAAUUCUCCCUUUUGAGGUAGCACAAGCACGCGCAAUUAUUGGGUUUUCUUAAGAACGGAGAUUGCCUGACUUCAAUGAUCGGGCUGAUUGAAUCUGGCUAACGUCUGAUUAGCCUGAAUUAGUUAAACCAGCUACGAGGAACAGGGCCCUGGCCUCCCUACAAACAGCACAAACGUUGAGUCAUAUAGCUUUCGUUUGUGCCGUUGAAACAAACAUUUGUGCUGCUAUAGUUUAUAAGAUAUUAACGAUUAAUUAUUAGGGGGGUGUGGCGGGGCGGGGCCCUGCCUGUAAAUAAUAAUAUUGUGUGGUGAUUUGGUGGUGGUUGGUAGGGAUGGGGUUAAUUUCCUAUCCCUGCCAAAAUACAUGUGAGAAUGUGGCUGGAGCUAAUUGAAUCAUUAAUAAUUAGGCUCCAGCCACAUGCUAUAAAAAAGGGAAAAUCCUUUGUUUGGUGGAGGUGUUUUGGGGUGAGUGAAUAGUGUGCUACUACAUUUGUUUGGUGUGACAAAGGUCAGUGAAGGCUCUGCCCAGCCUGAACAGUUUUGUUUAAACUUUUGGCCCUUGUGUCAGUUAUUUUGUAAGUGUUUUGUUCAAGUUUUUGAUUUACUUUUGUUUAUUAAACAGCGCAGAAGUGCUUUAACUACA